AUGGUAACGGGAUAUCGAACUACGCACGCCAAUUCGGGUGGUGGAGGGAGACCGACGAAGGGCCUUGCAUUCUACGCCAACAGUGUGGUUUGUUAUAGCAAACUCGAACGUUCGGAAGAUAUCUAUCUGCGCUCCACGAAAGCUUAUCAUGACUUGACGCGGAUAUUCCUAGAAAUUCCACGAUCAAACGCCACAGCGAAAACAAAAGAAGCGGACAAAAAGAAGUGCCUGAAAUUAAUGAGUGAAGUUCAACGUAUAAGCACGGAGACCAGACAGUACCCUGAAGUCAGACAAAUGAUCAAUCUGUAUCGGGUGGUAGCUAGAGGCCUUCAAAAGAAGUAUCUGACGCCUAAACUGGCAGCGAAGCUGCAUAAAACUAUGGCGUACCUGGAAGACAAAUUUAAGGGUAAGGAGCGCCUAUCCUGUGGCCUUCCGGCGUUCGGCGAUUUGGAAUAUGAUUUUGAGGUUGCAUACGCGGAGGAGUUCAUAAAUCAACCCAGGUUUCAGGAACUAUUACCGUCUACGCCCUCUGGUCAGGCGUCAGCUGCAGGUCCCGGCGGAAAUGCGGAAGCAUACGAAGCGUAUGAUGUAAAUGCGGUUGCAGACAACAUGGACGUGCCAGAUUAUGGCACGCUGCUCGACGAUACUGUAGAAAGGUCAAGGGUUAAAGACUAUCGCUUUUUAUCGAUCAUGUUGCACGAAGUCCACGAGAUGGCAGAAAAUAUGGCAAUUAUGCUGCGCGACCUGUCAACGGAUAUCGAGCGUUCAUCUUACGCGGGGAGCAGUGCCGCUACAAGUAAGAAAACCCUGGCCGAUGCUGUCCGGCGUUGGUACGACAAGUACGGUGGGGAUUUGGUAGAGGUCACAAAUGCGUGGGAUGUUUACAAAAGUUACAACGAUACCACCGAUGUAAUGGGCAAACUAGAUCUCCCGUGGCCCCAAUCAGGAAAAGUAGGACAACAGAGCCUCCAGUCGGAACUAGAACAAUACGCGCCUCCCGUGAGUAGAGACGUUUCGAGGACAGCUGAACAGCACAACCCGAAAAUGCUCCACACCCUGCAGUCUAUUGAGCAAAUAUUGAACCGUUUCACGUCACAGAGACGUGCUGACAGCGCACUUACGCUGCCCCCAACAAAGCGUUCGGAAACUACCACGCGAACAGCGGUAGAUACGGCCGAAGGGAACACGCCUGAUGGCGUGAGCGCUUACAGCAAUGUACGCUACACGAAGGAUGGUAACAAGUCAUCGGGGCUUGUGACAAUGGGCAUCAGCGUCAUUCAGACAAUAAUAGCAGUUGGUAUAAUGGCAGCUUUAUGA